UUCCAGCGCAUGCGCGGGAUUCAAACAGCCUGCUGCUCUGACGUGAUGGCGGAGAACGCACAAGUGCGACCGUCCUCAGGGACGGCGCCGCCUGCGAAAAAGGCAAGAGUGGAGGAAGCCGAAGAGAGUGAGGAUGAGGUGGACAGGCUGCGGCGGUACUUGUCCGACCUGGAGAACACUCAGGAUAGCUUGAAUGAGCUGAACGAGAAAGCGUCUGAGGAGAUCCUGCGUGUGGAGCAGCGCUUCAAUGAACUUCGCAAACCCCAUUUCUCGCGGAGAUCGGAGAUCAUCACUGAAAUUCCCCAGUUCUGGAUGCAAGCCCUUCUCAGCCAUCCACUUAUUGGACCAAUCAUCACAGAGGAAGAUGAAGAGCCACUGACACAUCUCAUCGACGUCAAUGUUGAAGAAUUCCAGGACAUCAAGUCCGGCUACAAGAUUGAGUUUCGGUUUAGCGAGAACGAGCACUUCACCAACGAGGUCCUCACCAAGACCUACAACCUCAGUAGCAGCAAUGAGCGUCCGUCCACCACCGAGCACACGCCCAUUGACUGGAGACCUAACAUGAGUUUAGUUGAUCAGUUUGGCGCACGGAAAGGCCGCGACUCCACCUCAUUCUUCUCCUGGUUUGUGGAGAAGACAGAUUCAUCUGGCCUUGGCGAGCUGAUCAAGGAUGAGCUGUGGAGUGAUCCUGUACAGUACUACAUGACUGCCAUGGUUGAAGAAGCCAACGGUCCGGGUUCUGAGAACGGCGAGGAUGAAGACGACGACGAUGUCGACGGCGUGGAGGAUAAUGUUGGCCCGGCCGGCUUUGUGUUUCAGAACGAGGACGGCACGUUUGUUGACGAGGAUGGCAACCCUGUGGAACCGUAUGAGGAUGACGACGAAGAGGCAGAGUACAUCUCCAGCCCUGAAGAAGCGGGCCAGCAGCAGUACGAAUACCAGCAGUUUCAAACCACGAAUCCUGAUCCAGUAUAUAUCAGUGAUGGAGAGGAGGAAGAGGGAGAGGAUGAAGACGAGGAAGGCUUUGAGGAUGACCAGUCUUACGAUUCCGAAGGUGCAGAGGUAUUAGACGGCGUUCAGCCCCAGGCCGGUGACGAGGAAGAAGUCAACGGUGAAGUUGUGCAGAUUGAAGAUGUUGAAGGCGAUGAUGAGGAAGACGACGAGGACUUUGAUGAUGAUGAUGAGGGCAAUGAGGAAGCAGAUGAUGAUCUGGUGGCUGCUGAUCAGCCGGAAGAUGCGGAAUAGUACGCGUCUGUUGUGAGGAUGUUCAAAGCUUCAUCCACACACACAACUAAUGGUGCUCAUCGUCCUUCUUGUUGGCAUGAACGCCGCUUCUCCGUCUCUGAAUAUUGAGAGGUUGUACAAAGUUGAUUAAUACAAUGACUUCGUGACAUAGUUGGGUGACCUGCUUCCCGUUCUCUUCGCCACGGCAUAUAUCUGUGUGAGUGUACGUGAUGCUGCGAUUUGCGGUACGUUUGCGGUGCCUUGAACACUGCUCUGUGGAGUGCUCCUCUUUCUGGAUGGUGUGUUACUGUUGUUCCCCAUUACUGCUGCUGAUGCUGCAUGUCAGAGCAUGACGAACCAGGGUCCCCGUUGCUCUACACCUGUCCAAUGCUCAGCGUCAGAUGUUCGUGUGUGCCCUACUGCUGCGUGGCCAGCAGCCUAUGUUACGACCAUUGUUUGUACAUAGCAUGUCCAGCGUUCUUACAAGUGUGCUGCUGGACCAAAUUCACUGUGUGCAGAUGAAUAGAACUAUCUCACGCGCUCCUUUCUUGUCUUCGUCUUUUUCUCUGCGACUACUCAUGGCAGCUGUCAGUCUCCAGCUGUGUGAGCUCUCUCUCUCUCUCUCUGUCUGUCUCCCUGUUCCCAUCAUUAUGUUUUUAUUCUCUUUCUUACCUCAUUUGCGUAUGCCCCUGUACUGUGUACAUGUACAAAUGUUUUCCAGACAACAUUUUUGUGAACUGUGCAUGAAUUUGCUUUUUAGAUGCUACUUUUUACUCUAUCAUGGUGUAUUGUCAUCUUGCCUUGGAUCCAUGGGCUGUUGGAGAGAAAGGCUCAAUUCUGAUAUUGCAGUGAAAUUCAAAAUGACUUUUCGUUAUCGAUUACUCUGA